AUGUCGGUUGCUGGUGUUGCUCUCAGACCGAUUUUAAAAGAAUCGGCGAAUUCCCAAUUUCACCGGCACGAACGAAUUGCUCGUUGUUCUAGCGAAUCUAUUUUGAUCUACCUUACCGUCGACGGUGCCGUUACGCCGAUUCGUGUUCUGGAAUCCGAUUCUAUUGCUUCUGUAAAAAUGAGGAUUCAAACACGGAACGGUGUUUCGGAGAAGAAGCAAAUGCUGGUUUCGAAUGGUAGAGAGUUGGCGCGGAACAAUAAGCUUGUUAAGGAGUAUGGUGUUACUGCUGGGAAUGUUGUUCAUAUGGUUCUUCGGUUGUCUGACAUGAUUUUCAUUGUUGUGAGGACGACUUGUGGGAAGGAAUUUGAGUUAAAAGUUGAUAGGCAUAGAAAUGUAGCGCAUCUUAAGCAUUGUAUUAAGAAAAAGGGGAAAGGUUUUAUUGAUCUUGUUGAGGAUGAACAAGAGUUUUUCUGCUGUGGCCAGAAGCUUGAUGAGAAGAAAAUUUUCGAUGAUAUUUGUAAGAAUGAUGAUGAUGUUAUUCAUCUCAUUGUUAAGAAAUCCGCCAAAGUUGAGGCUACGGUUGCUCGUAAUAAGGAUUUGGAGCUUUCUGUUGUUGCGGAGGAUUUGAAUCUCAAUGAGCAGAAUCAGAAUGAGAUAGUUCAGGUUUUAGAAGAACAACGCGGUGGUGGUGUUGUUGAUUUUUGGUUAGAGCCGUUUUUUGUUAAUCCUAGGAUCAAUUUUUUGCCUUUCCUCUGGGAUAUGAUAGAUUCAACUUUUAAUGGUUUGAAAAAAGGGAAUAAGCCUGUUAGAUCUUCUGAAGGAACUGGUGGGGCUUACUUUAUGCAAGAUUCAAGAGGUGUGGAAUAUGUUUCUGUUUUCAAACCCAUUGAUGAGGAACCAAUGGCUGUUAAUAAUCCACGUGGAUUGCCGGUCUCGUCGAACGGAGAGGGUUUAAAGAGAGGGACAAAGGUUGGAGAAGGAGCUCUGAGAGAAGUUGCAGCGUAUGUACUGGAUCAUCCAAAGGCUGGCCCACGUUUGGUGUCGGGCGAAGCAGUUGGUUUUGCUGGUGUUCCGCCUACUGUUUUGGUUCAGUGUUUACAUGAAGCCUUUAAUUACCCUAACAAUGGGGAUUGUGGCUCUUUGAUGAUGGAUAGGAAGGUGGGAUCUUUGCAGAAGUUUAUGAGUAAUGAUGGGAAUUGUGAGGAUAUUGGACCUGGUGCUUUUUCUGUGGAAGAGGUGCAUAAGAUCAGUGUGCUUGAUAUAAGAAUGGCUAACGCAGACAGGCAUGCAGGGAAUAUAUUGUUCAGAAAAGAGUCAAGUGGACAGACUAUGCUCAUUCCCAUUGAUCAUGGCUACUGUCUUCCUGAGAAAUUUGAAGAUUGCACAUUUGAUUGGCUUUACUGGCCUCAAGCGCGUCAGCCAUACUCUCCUGAUACAGUUGAUUAUAUAAGCACUCUGGAUGCUGAAAAAGACAUCGAACUUCUGAAAUAUUAUGGUUGGGAUGUUCCAGUUGAGUGUGCAAGAACACUCCGCCUCUCCACAAUGUUAUUGAAGAAAGGGGUUGAGAGAGGUCUCACUCCCUAUGCCAUUGGAAAUAUCAUGUGUAGGGAAAAUUUGAACAAGAAAUCAGUAAUUGAGGAGAUUGUUUUUGAAGCCCAGGAAUCAUUGCUCCCUGGCAUGGAUGAAUCUGUUUUUCUAGAAUUUGCAUCACAGAUCAUGGAUUCCCGCCUUGGUGAGCUUUCGAAAUAG